ACGCCAUUGUUAUGAACGCAUUGCUACGACUUCAAUAACUUUUUCCAUAAUAUAUAUACAUAAUCAAUUUUAUACUUAUUUAAGAAUAUAUUUUACUUUGUUAAUCUCAUAUUUAUCGUGCAAAAAGUAACAAAGUUUCAUCAUGGGUCUCGUUUGUUCCACAGCGCAGCUUGCCUGCCUGUGUGGCAGUACAGCUUGCAGUUUCUGUUGUUCUCAAUGCCCUACUUGCCGUAACAGCACUAGUACUCGUAUUAUGUAUGCUUUGUUAUUAAUGCUGGGUACUGUAGCUGCAUGUAUUACUAUGGCACCUGGUUUACAAGAUGCUCUUAAAAAGGUUCCAUUUUGUGCUAAUAGCACAAAUUAUGUACCAUCUUCAUUUACUGUAGAUUGUGAAUCAUCAGUUGGUUAUUUAGCUGUAUAUAGAAUAUGCUUUAUUCUUGCAUUGUACUUUUUUAUGAUGUCUAUGAUUAUGAUAAGAGUUAGAAGUUCCAAAGAUCCAAGGGCUCCUAUACAAAAUGGAUUUUGGGCAAUUAAAUAUCUUCUAAUAAUUGGUGGAAUAAUAGGGGCUUUCUUUAUUCCUGAAACAUCGUUUGGUUCAACCUGGAUGUAUUUUGGAAUGAUCGGAGGUUUCUUUUUUAUUAUCAUACAAUUAAUUCUUAUUGUUGACUUUGCACAUUCUUGGGCAGAUGCCUGGGUAGGUAAUUAUGAGGAUACUGAAUCAAAAAGUUGGUAUGCAGCACUUAUGGGAGCUACUCUAUUGAAUUAUGCUAUUGCUGUCACUGGUGUAGUAUUACUUUAUGUAUAUUUUACUCAUCCCUAUGAGUGUGCACUGAACAAAUUCUUUAUUUCUUUUAAUCUUAUUUUAUGCAUCAUUAUCAGCAUUAUUUCUAUUCUUCCAAGUGUACAAAAACAUCAGCCACAUUCUGGUUUACUUCAACCAUCUAUAGUUUCAUUAUAUGUUAUUUAUUUAACAUGGAGUGGAGUUUCUAAUAGCCCAGAUCGCAUUUGUAAUCCUGGAUUUUUGGCAAUAAUUUCUAAUAAUACUCAAAAUCGUGUUGCUUUUGACAAGGAAAGUAUAAUUGGUCUCAUAAUAUGGUUCAGUUGUGUUUUAUACAGUUCUCUACGUACAGCAUCAAAAUCAUCCAAGAUUACCAUGUCUGAAAACGUUUUAGUUAAAGAUAAUGGAGCUGUCAGGAAUGGUGGAGACCAGUAUCUUAUCGACAAUGAAGACUAUACUGCAGUAGAAGGUCGCAAUGGUGAUACAGAAAAUGGUGAAGCUAAAGUAUGGGACAAUGAAGAAGAAACUGUAGCAUAUAAUUGGAGCUUCUUCCACUUAAUGUUUGCCCUUGCUACUUUAUAUGUGAUGAUGACUCUUACCAAUUGGUACGAACCAAAUUCAAACUUGGAAACCAUGAAUGCUAAUGUUGCAUCAAUGUGGGUAAAAAUUAUUUCUUCAUGGUUAUGUAUAACCCUUUAUGUUUGGUCUCUGGUAGCACCGAUACUCUUCCCAAACAGAGAAUUUUCAUAAAUUGAAGACUUUCGAGAAAUGAUAACAUCUAAUUGAACAGUUAGAAAUCUAUCGUGAAUUAUAUUUAUAUUACCUAAUGAGAAUUACACGCAAGUACCAUCGUGCAUACGCAUUUUUAAAUUGCUUGGAAUAUCAUGAUAUGUAUAAUAUUAAAUUUUUAUCCUUACGAAAAUAAUUUUCUAUGUAAGUAGUGUAGAUUGAUAUUUUGCAGAAUAUACUUUUAUAAAGUAUUAUAAUAUUUUGUAAGUACUCGAAAAUAAAAACACGUUAUGUGUGUAUAUAUAUAUAUAUAUAUAUAUAUAUAUAUAUAUAUAUAUAUAUAUAUCACGAGCGAACUUGUGAAGAUUGCAUUUAUUUGGAAUUAAAUGCCAAUGAUAAUAUCAAUAGCUAAAGUCGAGUGUGUUGGAAAGUUUAGGAUUAUAUAUAUAUAUGUAUAUUAUAGCAAUUAUAUAGUAUCCCAUAUGUAAACAUUUAUUAUAAUCAAAAAAAAAAUAAGAAGAUAAUAAAAAUAUAGUGGAAAAGAAUAAUAUAAUAAUAUUAUUUACAAUGUAAAUAUUUGAAUAUUCAUAACAUGUAUGUAUGAUACAAAUACUUUUUCUUGACUGUCAUAUACAUUGUAUAUGAUGGCAAGUAACGAGAUUUAUACUUAAUUUCUAUAACCAGGAAAUGUGUAUGUGUGUAUCUGUGCGUGCGUAUGUGUGUAUAUGCGUAUAGUUCGUCGAGACUAUUUACAAUACUUAACUAUAAUUUUGGUAGGAGAAUAAAAUAUAUUUGGUAUACUUUUGCUACAUUAUUCCAAUUUCAAUGGCUUUGAUAUUUGUUCUCGUAGAAUUUGCUUUUUUAGCAAAUAAUGCUUAAUGUUUUGAAAGGGCGUAUCGAAGAGCAGAGUAAGAAUAACGGAUGCGAUAAGGAUCCAUACCAUUUCUAUGAUAUUGAACUAGUAAAAAAAAAAAAUAAAUUAUUUAUAAGACAAAUGAGUAACCAUUAUGAUUUUAUGAUACUUAACCGUACGAUCAAUAAAAUAUAAAAUCAUUUGUCAUACACACAUGUGUCUGCUAUACGUACCACUAAUUUUAAAAAGUCAUAAUACUCGGCACUACGAGUCUGUCCAACAUUGUAGAAAAAUACGGGGAAUUGCGUUAAAUAAAUGGCAUAACUGAG